UCGAUAGUGUCGGACUCCUGUAAUAUGUCGAAAGUCUGUCAUGUCACUUUGCUGCACAUUCAAAACGCAAUCGCGUACGUUCUUUGGCAACUGUGCGAUGAGUAAUUCGUCGAGUAACGGAAUAUUACACGAUUAGCAUUAAAUAAACUUCUUUGCGGUUCGUUGGUCCCCGCUUGAGAGUGAAACCUGUUACGGUCCCCACAGCUGCUUCGAAUUGGAAUGCUGGAUCAACAUGGAGGUGAUGGCGGAUAGAUCGAUAUUGUUUGGUGAUGUCACGCAUUGUCGUUGACUCCUGUCUGGCAUAUCAACAGAGCAUGGAAUGGACGGAUCGUGCCCACUUCUUUUCCCUAGUUUUGGGGAACAAAGCUGUUCCAAGCAAAGUAGUGGCUACUCAUCACAGAAAGUCGGUGUAUAUCGACCAGGAGUGGAUGCUAUCGAUUUGGGCUACCAUACUCUCGAUAACAAUGCCUGCCGCACGACGUCGUCAUCAUCGUCUUCAUCAACCCCAGGCGCAAUUAGUGUAUCCAUGUGUCAACAACAACAGAAGCAGCAACAACCGCAGUCACAUAGCAAACAUCACUUGAUUAUUCAUACAGGAGCAGAUCUCUGUCAACUUGAUGAUAAUUUGCUGCUAAGGAUCUUUGGUUGGCUCGGUACACGCGAUCGUUGCACUCUGGCGCAGACCUGUCGACGCCUUUGGGAGAUUGCGUGGCAUCCAGCGCUCUGGCGCGAAGUUGAAGUGCGCUAUCCGCAAAAUGCCACCGCUGCUUUGAAUGCGUUGACACGUCGCGGAUGUCAUACCUGUAUUCGUCGUCUAGUAUUAGAAGGUGCCGUUGGGUUACCUGGAAUUUUCGUCCAACUGCCAUUUCUUAAUCUUACUUCUCUCAUACUACGCCACUCGCGUCGCGUCAAUGAUGCUAAUGUUACCACCAUAUUGGACAGCUGCACUCAUCUUAGGGAGCUUGAUCUCACUGGUUGCUCAAAUGUGACUCGUGCCUGCAGCUGUGCCAUUACCAGUUUGCAGUUGCAAUCAUUGGACCUUAGUGACUGUCAUGGUGUGGAGGACUCUGGUUUGGUGCUCAGUUUGUCACGUAUGCCACACUUGGGAUGCCUCUAUCUGCGUAGAUGCGUUCGUAUCACUGAUGCCAGUUUGGUCGCGAUUGCUUCUUAUUGUGCCAGUUUGCGCCAGCUAUCAGUGUCAGACUGUGUGAAGGUAACAGACUAUGGGGUACGCGAAUUGGCGGCACGUCUCGGUCCGUCGCUACGUUAUUUCUCCGUAGGUAAAUGCGACCGCGUGUCCGAUGCCGGUCUUCUGGUCGUUGCGCGUCACUGCUACAAGCUACGUUAUUUAAAUGCUCGUGGUUGCGAAGCGCUUAGUGACAGUGCGACCGUCGCUUUGGCGCGCGGCUGCCCACGUAUCCGGGCCUUAGAUAUUGGUAAAUGUGACAUUGGCGACGCAACUCUUGAGGCACUUUCUACUGGAUGUCCGAACCUGAAGAAACUAUCCUUGUGCGGGUGUGAGAGAGUAACUGAUACCGGCCUUGAAGCAUUGGCUUAUUACGUACGCAGUCUGCGCCAACUCAACAUUGGCGAGUGCCCUAGAGUCACAUGGGUUGGUUAUCGUGCGGUCAAACGCUAUUGUCGACGUUGCGUCAUAGAACAUACUAAUCCUGGAUUCUCCAGCUGAUCUAUUCGGUUGAUUUAUUACGUCGCUUCAAGUUUUCAAAUAGUGAUGUGAGAAAGUAUUCUCGGAGGUAAACUUCGAAAAAGGAGAAUAUUCCGAAAGAGUUUCUCUGGAAACAAGAGUACCGUGAAGUAUUCUGAAAAUGUUAGAAAUAAGAAUAUCGUAAGAAUAUAUUUUGAAAGAUAUUGGGAGAUAUUCGCAAUGAUAUGAUAACAGAAUCCCGUAAAAGUGAAAAGAAAUACUCCGUAAAUAUGGAAAGAAAAAUAUAUCCCUUUUUGAUUUUGAUGAACUUAUAAUAUGUUGUAAUCUAGCUCAAAAUAACGGAUAUGUGUACUUUUUUAUACAUGCUCAUAGGCAUUUUUAGAGGAUGAAAACCCCUUUAAAAAAAGCGACUUUUUAUUUCGAAGCGAAUAUUUUGAAAACGAUAUUUUGGAAAAUAGGAAAGAAAUUUUUUGAAAUAAAAGUUGCAAAUAAAAGUCUCAGAUGUAUUUUAUA